AUGGAGGAUCAUCAUUUUGCAUGGAUUCUCUGGUAUAUAUGGAAGGGUAGAAACAACAAAGUUUUUAGCAAUUUGGAUAUGGACCCGAGAGAUACUCUCAAAUUGGCAGAAACGGAAUCGUUACUUUGGGCGGAAGCGCAAAAUUCCCAGAAUCAGGGAAUGGACCACACUCGGUUACCUGUACCAGUGGCAAUCCCGACUAUACCAGGUAGAUGGUGUUUUACGGACGGAUCCUGGAAAAAUCAGGAUAUAUAUUCAGGACAAGGAUGGUAUAGUACUCUGGAAGGUUUUGAUGGACUAAUAGGAGCAAGGAAUACAAGAGCGAGUCAGUCGCCACUACACUCGGAGAUAGAGGCUCUCAUAUGGGCAAUGGAAUGCAUGAGGAACCUUAGACAGUUCCGGGUUACUUUUGCAACGGAUUGCGCUCAAUUGAUGAAGAUGGUUUCGGAACCAGAGGAGUGGCCAGCCUUUGCAAGCUAUUUGGAAGACAUAACAUUUUUGAAGACAAGUUUCAACAGCUCAGAGAUCAUUCAUAUACCACGAACACAUAACUCAAGGGCGGACAGUCUUGCACGCAGUGCAAGGAAACAACCGUUGUCUGUCGUUCAUAUGGAUGCAAAGCUACCAGUGUGGUUUGCAGAAUCUAUAUGA